AUGAGGUCAGAAGAUUUAGAUGACAAAAGCUUACCCUCUCCCGACUCAGUCAAACAUGUCGAAGAGGUUCUCAACUCAGAUGAUUCUAUCCUUCGAGCCCAAGGCCAUGUCUCUGAGCUUGACCGCUCUUUCUCAUGGAUUGGUGCAAUUGGACUGUCGUACAGCAUCGUAAACACAUGGCUUACUUACGCCUGUUCCUUCGGCAUGGUCCUGGCUUAUGGUGGUGGACAGACCACUGUCUUUGGGUUACUGGUGGCAGCCUUAGUUCAGUGGAUUGUUCUCCUAGGACUCGCUGAGCUCUGCUCUGCCUUCCCAUCGUCUGGCGGCCAAUACCACUUCACCUACAUAGUUGCUCCCAAGCGCACCAAGAACUUCGCCGCCUACAUGGUAGGGAUUCUCAACAUCGUGGCCUGGUGGGUGACGACCGCUUCGGGGACCAUUUUCACGGCAAUCUCGGCCUUUGGCAUCGCCAAGUUCUGGUAUCCUGAAUUUUCCGGUGAACAGUGGCAGGUUUACUUAUGCUAUAUCCUGGUCAUCAUCUUGACUCUCGUUCCUAUCUUUACCAUCCCUCAAAAGCACAUCGACUACCUUACCAAGACAUGCAUGUAUCUUUCCUUCAUCGGGCUCUUUAUAGUUAUGAUUGUAUGCCUUGUUAUGGGACGCGGCAAUUAUCAUCCAUCCAACAUAACCGAAUAUCGCGAAUCGAGUGGCUGGGGCCCUGGUCCUGCGUGGCUGAUGAGCAUUGGGUUGGGAGAGUACGGGUUUGCCGGGAUCAGUGCAUGCACGCAUAUUGCCGAAGAGCUGCCCCAUCCAGGACGAAAGUUGCCUCAAGUGAUCAACAUGACCGUUCUCAUCGGAGUCGUCACCGCAGUGCCGUGGGCCGUGGCUAUGGUGGCCGUCAUCCAAGAUAUCGAAGCAGUUCAGAAGGCCUUUUUGCCCAGCUUGGAAGUCUUCUACCAGGCGACCGGGAGCAAGCCUGUCGCCACAUUCUUACAGGCCUACUUAACCUUGCUAUACUACUCUUGCGUCCCAAGCCAAUGGAUCACGUCCAGCCGAAUUGCAUGGGCCUUUUCUCGAGAUAACGGUCUCCCCUUCUCCGACUACUGGAAGCACAUCGACCCUACCCGCAAAAUCCCUCUCCGUACGACCCUUCUCUCCGCGGCAUUCUGCGUCAUCUACGGCCUACUAUACAUUGCUUCCACGGCCGCCUUCAACUCGAUCGUCAACACCGCCAUCCUAAUGCUCAACAUCACAUAUACCGUUCCACAGGGGAUUCUGGCGACUUGCGGGCGCGACAGACUUCCACGGAGACCAUUCAACCUCGGCCCUGUGGUCGGCUACGCGGUGAAUGUGUUCUCGAUUAUAUGGUUGAUUAUAAGUGGGGUUGUGUUUUGUUUCCCUGUGUCAUUGCCGACGACGAUGGCGGAUAUGAAUUACAAUGCAAUCGUCAUCUCGGGAAUCUUUGCGAUCAUUUUGAUCCUCUGGAUCGAAAGACGGAAGAAGUUCCAAGGACCAGCUAUUGACUGGGAGGCCUUGAAUGCAAGUAACGCCAUGAGGUGA